AGCGGUGGGCCAGAAGUUUCCGCUCAUGCGCACUGGGGGCAGAAUGUCGCGGCCGUGUGGUUCGGGGGCGGGAACCGUGAAAGUUAGCGUGAGCGCUCGUUAUCCCCGUGUGUUAUCAGUUCGCCCAGAGGCCUUUUUCUAGGUGUGUGGGUGUCUCCCGCAGCCCCCGAGUGCUCUGCAAAAGUCAUGGCUGGGACCCCCCGUGUGCAGCAGAAUCCUCCAAUCAGAUUCGAUGACGUUGCUGUAAUCUUCUCUGGAGAAGAAUGGGAGAUGCUGAACACCCAGCAGAGGGAGCUCUAUAUGGAAGUGAUGAGAGAAAACUAUGAACAUUUCAUCUUUCUGGAGUAUAAAGUCCCUAUUAUCUUAUCCUGGCUGCAGAACAGACACCCAGCAGCCCAGGUGACCGCAGGUCAGACAGCGUCACCCGCCGCCUCAGCUGGAACACAGGGGACAGAAGUCAGCAACAAGAAGGCUGCAGUUGGUCACCACAUGAAGACCAGAGCUUCUGUGUCACAGGAGGCACGUCCGGAGUUACCCACAGAGCCUGGAAAUCCAGCAAAAUUACCAACCAAAAGACCCAGACAGGUCGAACAUGAAGACAUUUCUUCUAGAAACUCAAAAAAGCUUAAACUGAGUUGCCCACAGUGCGAUAAAUGUUUUCAAUACAGCUCGGCUCUGGAAGCCCACCUCAGGAUCCACACUGGAGACAAACCCCAUAAGUGUGAUCUCUGUAACAUGAGCUUCAGUUAUAAGUCGUGGUUGAUUGUGCAUAGACGGAAACAUUCCCAAACUGCGGAAAAUGUACCACUGGAGAUGAGCAGCGGGUCUCCAUCCUCAGACUACACUCCAAAAUCGAGCAGAAAAACUAAGAAACGCUCCAAAAGGCGCAGACACAAGAAGGGAAAAGGCAAGAAGGUGAAUAGUAAGACGAGCUCGACGGAUAGCAGGGCAUCGAAUACGGCUGCAACUCCAAAGAUGAACUGCAAUGGAACCAACGAGCAAGCCGCUUCAGCAGCCUCAAAAACCAUCUCGACCGAUAGCGAGGCCUCAAAAACAGUAACGACCCCAGGGACCAACUCAAAUGGAGCAAACAAGCAAGAAGAUGAAGUAGUCUCGAAAACGAGCUCCGCGGAUAGCGCGGCCUCAAAUACUGUGACGACUCCUAAUACUAAUGGAACAAACGCGAAAGGAGAUAAGCCUCUGAAAUGCACUUACUGUGAGAAAAGGUUUAACAGCCAGUUGGUCCUGGAAGCCCAUCACCGAAUCCACACCGGCAAGCUAGCCUACUCGUGCCCGUAUUGUGACGAGAGCUUCUCAAAGGCUUCGCUGCUUGAUGCUCAUAGCAGCAAGCACAAGGAAUUCAAACCUUACCAGUGUGACCAGUGCGAGAGAAACUUCAAAGACCAGACGCUUUUCAUGGCUCACAAGAGGACACACACCGGGGAGAAACCCCACCAGUGCACCAAGUGUAACUGCUGGUUUCCUACCCUUAACAGCCUAUUGACGCACGAGCAGAGCCACUUAAAACCCAAGCCCUACAAGUGCCAGCACUGUGAUAAGAGCUUCAAUGACAAGAACCUGCUGGAGACUCACGAGGGGGUGCACACGGAUACUAAGCCCUUCAGGUGCACCCAGUGCAGCGAGAGCUUCUUCCUGAAAACUCAGUUGGUGGCCCACCAGGCCACGCACGCUCCUGACAAACCCUUUCCGUGCAACCAGUGCGAGAGGAGCUUCAAUAAGAAAGAGACUCUCACGGCGCACAUUCGCGUUCACGGUAAACAGGCAAAGAAAGCUUGACUUAGCUGGUGAGAGAGCUACUAUCUUGGUAUCUCUUGAUAGAUGUAGCCUUACGCCCUACACAGGGCAUUGCGUACUUCUGCCCUAUUCGAGCGCCUCGGGCCAUGUGCGUUGACAGACGUGCAGCUCAGAGGUAUUCUUAUCUCACGGCGGUACUGGAGAAAUGGGAUAAAGGCCGAAUGAGGUCUCCCGUGUCUGAAUUGCUGUGUAUUUUCUGGCUGGAUGGAGAUGACAGGAUCUGCAGUGGACCUGUGCUGUAGGUUUAUGAGGCAUGACAUUGUCUACAAGAAGUAGAGGUUCUCCACCAUGUGUAUUAACCCCAGAAUCUAAUUAGUAUCAUUACAUAGCGACUCGGCUCGCUGUGUUGUUCAGAUUUUUUUUUUAGAAAAAUAUUUAGCUGGAAAAGCCCUUUAAGGAAGACUAAUCCGGCAGCCAAAUUAUUAAAUAUUGGGCUAGCUGGGCCAUACAUGACUCCAUUAUCUACUAGAUGCCUAUAGUUUAGUUUUACCUACCCUCCCCCCCUACAUGAGAUCUGCACGGGGCAUUUUAAACUAGAAGAACAGCUGGAACAUUUUACGUUGUGACUUUCUUUUUUUAUAUUCUGCCUUAAGUUAAACAAGGCUAAUAUCCAAUUUCGUAAUCGGCGUUCAUUUUUAAAGUGAAACUCCAGGCAAUUUUUAACAUAACGUUCCAGGGUCACUUAAUAUUUCACUAUGGCCCCUUUUAUAGAGCGUUCUCUGGUACCAAGAACCCCUUUUCAUAUAGCCGGGCAGGGGCUCAUCUGUCACCGGCGCUCCGCCUCCAGUCCCCGCUGGUUUGGACGUGUCCUCUACGUGCACAGGUCACCUCUGAGGCCACUGAUUGGCCAGCAGUGGUUACAUCCGUGUAGACGGCACACUUCCGAUCCAUCGGGGAGCAGAAGCGAUGGAGAAGAGAGCUUUGCAUUAGAGCGGGAGCGCCAUUGACGAGUGAGAUUAUUAUUUUUGGCCAUAUGAAAAGGGGUUCCUGUUCUCGGGAAUUGAGGUGAUCCGUGCACUAUAGAUCAAUAUAGGCAAUAGCAGAACUUGCAAAAACGGUUACCCCUCGUCUGACAUCUCUUCUUGCUUUGCCGCCAUUUGCUGCCGUACCUUUCUGACUUCCAGUACUACUCGCCUCCUGCACAUAAUACUCAGCGCUUCAGAGUACUUCAGCUAGAGAAUGCAGAUGAAAAUUACUCUAAAGGGAGCAGCGAUCUCCCACCAGUAUUAGGGGACGGGGUCAGAACAGGAAGUCUGUGAGGUGCAGCUUCAGCCAAUUGGUACAAAGCAACAGGUGAUGUCAGAAAUGGGGCGUCCUUUUUCGGCAACUUCUGCUGUACAGCCCAGUGACACGCAGCAGUAGUAGUUUUUAAAGGGGUUGUCCAGGAAUGAGUAGUUUUUACCUAAUGCCUGCAUCCAGCCUCAGUAAGAAAGAUUCAUACUUGCCUGCUCUUUGUCUUCAUCGGCUCCGUUGUGUCCACCUCCUGCACCUCGACCGGUGGUCAUAGUCACCUGCUCUGCUGCAGCCAGUACCGGUCCUAGUCGGGGGUCACUGCUGAAGCCAAUCAUUGGCUGCAGCGGAGCAUGUGACCAAUGCUGUGCCGGAGGAGCCAUCUCUGGGGAGGAGGGAAGUAUGAAUCUUGCUGCUGGCAUCUAUAAUGUACAGAACAGCUUGCUUAUUAGGGGCCACAAUUGGCCCCCGGGAUGUAGCCCCGUUAUUUGCAUGGAGUGUCACUUUAUAUCUCUUCGGCAGGAGACCUGAAAGAUUCCCUAUGUUUUUUGUACACUGUUCCUCUCAGGAAUGGACGAUGAUGGCUCCAUGAGGGCUACCUGCACACGGGCGCGGAUUUCAAUGCGUUUCCACAACAAACCUGCACCAAAUCCACGUGUAGCUUUCCAUAUGGAUUUGCCUUGAUCUCCUUUGCCAUGCAAGAAGUGAAAUCCGUAGAAAUAUAGACAUUCUGCAGAUUUCAACAAUCAAGUUAAUUUCUGGCAAUGGAAAAUAUCCGCCUGUCAAAUCUCAUUCAUUUUGCUGGUACUGUAUUACUCUGUGUUUUUUUUAUAUUUUUUUUAUUUUUCCCCCCGUGAGUGAUCCACAACGCGUGCAGGUAGCCUACCACGUUUAGUUUGUGCCAUGUCAGCAGAAUCAAUGUGUUGGAAGACGGAUCAAAGUGUGCGUCUCAUCAGUUUUGAAAAGAUAAUAA